CACUCCUGUUCAUAUUUCACGUGCAACAUGUCUUCCAUUGCUCACCAGCUGUGGUCCCAGGGUACUUGGACUUCGAUAACCUGCCAGACACCAAUUUUUCUUGUGAGGGUAAAGUUAUUGGAGGAUAUUACGCAGAUGUUGAGACGGGCUGUCAGAUGUUUCAUGUCUGCACAAUUGGACAGAAAGGAGAGACAACAGACAUCAAAUUUCUGUGCCUCAAUGGCACAGUGUUUGACCAAGAGACCAGAGUCUGUGAACGUGUGGAUGAAGUGGAUUGCAGUAAAACUGAGGGCUUCUAUGACCUGAACCUUGAGCUAUAUGGAAAUGGUGCUGCUCUCAGUUUCACAGAAGAAGAAGAAGAAGAAGAAGAUGAAGAAACAACAUCUGAACAAAACACAGAGGCCAGUGACACACCUUCUCAUGGUCCUGGUUUGAAACACAAGACAUCCACUUCUAGACCUUCUACUGUACCUCCUCCCAUUUCUACCCCUAUUGUUCCUCACCCUGCUUCCACAACUACCCCCAAAAUUCCUGCCCAUCCAUUUGUUCCCACCACAACAUUUAAGCCUAGUCAGCAUAUAACGCACUUCCAUUCGACCACACCGUCGUCAGUAGCAGCUUUUCUUGCAAUAAACAAUGCCUUUUCUUCUUCCAAUACUAAUCAAGAUGGAAAUAAAUUUGGAGACGAUUCUAGCCAAUAUGAUGAAGAUGAUGAGGAAGGGGAGGAGGAAGAGGAAGAAGAGGAGGAGGAAGAUACAGUUACACAUCAUCCUGGAAUUCAAAUAAACAGUGGCAUAAGCCAUCAUUUUCCUGUAACCACAGUGAGCAGUCAGGUGCGACCUGUUAGUCCAGAACAUCACAACAUACCACAGCAAAAUGUAAAAGUACAUGGCACAGGGGAGAGUGGUUUGGUCUUGAAUCAGUCAAACAGACAACAGCCACAGAAAUCUCAGUCCCCGUUAACUCAUUCAGCCCAUCUCUAUGGACAUGAUUACCAUCAGACUCCUCAUAUCGCUAAAGAUGAAAAUGCUCAUUCCAAGCACCAGCUCAACACACAGUUCAUAUUAAACCAGCAAAGGGAUAACGAGAACAAACAGCUUCAUGGCUUUAAACCAAUUUCAAACACAGAUAACAGGAAUCAAUUCUUAUUUUCAUCAACAACCCAACAACCUCCAAUUCUUUAUACAACAAAGAGUCUUCCUGGAUAUCAUUCUCCUACCAUAGAAUCAUUCUCUCUUCAUGCCAUAGAUUCGCAACCAGCUAUCCAAACCACUCAGCGGUCCCCUAACAACUCUCCUUUUCCACCACAAACUAACGCACAUCAAGUCCCUCCUAAUACUAUAGCUCAAAAAAUACGUGCCAGCAUUGCCAGUAAUGGAGGCUUCCUUGCACAGACAAUUCAAAUUUCUCCGAAUCCCCUAAUAUUCCAUCUGAAUUCAAAGAGUAAGAACCGUCAGGGGCAUCAGCUCUUUACAACUCCUUCAGUAGCAGUGAUAGCAACCACUAGCAGCUCUUCAAGCAGUUCAAGUGUAAGAAGUGGCCCAUCAGGCAAGGCUGGAAAUAUUUCUCCAGUGGUACCAUUGACAUCAAGUACUGGAAACACUCCAAAGGGAUCUAGUGUUAGUAUCAAUUCCUCAGUGCCUGCCCAACUGUUUUCUGAAACAACACCACCAGAUUCAUAUGAUGAAUACCAAGAAGCAGAUGUUGCUUCGGACCCAUUCUUUAGAGAUGUGCCAAAAAUUUCCAGACUAUCCACAACACUUAACAUUCCUUCCCCAACUAGACAUGGAAUUAUUAGAAAUAAACGUGAAGCAUUUAGGAAAUAUCAUGCAAAGUCACAAACUGUCUUUCAGCAACCUCAGAAUACUGCAAGGUAUAGGCGAAAAGCUGUAGCACAGUUUGGAUUACCAACUGAAGUAUUUAGAACUGGAGAAGGAAGAUACAGAAACAGGCCAGGAGGUCCAGCUGGGAGUCACGAUGGCAAAUCAAAUCAUCAGAGUAAUUCACGGGGGCGAACCAGAGCAGAAUCCCAAUCUAGAAAGACAAGUAAUCCAGAAGAAUUAGUGUCAAAGGAAAGUAGUUUAUUAUCAAAACCCAGUCCCUUUGUUGCUGCAACACAUGAAGUUUCAACAGUAAUACCAGAAACCUACCAAGAGCCACCACAAUAUUCCAGUAUCCAUCCUGACAUUCGUUUGCCAAAUUUUUCCCAGAAACAUUCAGAAAGCGCCACAUUGGAUUCCCCUUUGAGAACUGAAAGUCAUCAGGGACACAAAAGAACUUUUGUGAGAGUCAGAGGGCCUCAUAAACAAAAUGUUGCAGCAGACAUAGAUACCCAUAAUUCUUCGCAAAUACCAAGCUUGUCUGAUCAUACAAAAAGUUUGCAUCAAUUCAUGGGCAAUUCAAGACUGAAUGUAAAAUCUGUUGAAGCUACUACAAUACUGGCUGGUUUAAUAGUACCUACUUCAGGAUCUAUACAAACUUCUCAUGAAGUACCCAAACCAAAUGUCAACGUAUAUGCAGGAAAUCCUGAAACAUUACAAGAUUCUAGAAAACACGAUUCUAUUGCAAGAACAUAUAGUAGGGGAGAAAAUAGACGACUGCACCAUCAGCCUUCUCAAAGUAACCUGGAUCACGAAAAAAGAGUUGCAAGUAAAUCAGAAAGUUCCAGGCAAAGAAGCAGUCAGGGGACUAGAUUGGGGGCUGCUGACAAUGUUCAUGAAACUCGUGAAUAUCAGGCAAGGGGUUCAUUAACCUCUCAGCUGAGAGAUAAUAUAGAUACUGUGAAGUCAGCGAGUAGAGAAAGUGACCACAGACAUUCUAAUUCUGAAAAUACAGAAGAUAGAACUUCAUACAGUCAUCAUGCAGAGGCCCCAUCUAGAAUCAGAAGCCGCGGAAGGAAGUUUGGUGUCUCAAGCACACGCCAAGAUAGAGUAAGGUUAGAUGGCAAUGGAAUGAUACCGCCAGCCAAUGACUCUGAUGUGGGAUCUGGAGUUGCUACUGAACCACCCUCUGAACCUCUGGCUUCACUACCCGAGACAAACUUCAGUUGUGCUGAUAAGAUUCCUGGAGGUUACUAUGCAGACCUUGAGGCAGAUUGCCAACUCUUCCACAUAUGCUCUGUGGGUAGACAUGGAAGAAUUACAGACAAUAAAUUUUUAUGUGGACCUGGUACAAGAUUCAAUCAGCGAAGUCGAACAUGUCAAGUAAGAGACUUGGUGGACUGCAACUUGUCAGCCUCACUGUACUACCUGAACAGCCAUUUCAAGUUGGAAUCUCCAGAUGAUAUUUCGAAGUAUAAUGUCAACUUUGAAGCGCACAAGAUUCGAACCAGACGAGAAGCACCCAAAGCUGCAUCAUCAACUGACAGGGGUCCACGGCAGCACUACACUAUCGACAACCUACCACAGACAUCAUUCACCUGUGAAGACAAGCCUCAAGAUGGACUUUACGCUGAUGUGGAGACGCAGUGUCAGGUGUUUCAUCUCUGUCGUACUAUUUCUGGACAACUGACCUUGGAAUCAUCCUUUGUCUGCCCACCAGGUACAGUGUUCAACCAGCCAGAGGGAAACUGUGACACAUGGAAGGAAGUGGAUUGUGCACUUUAUUCUGCACCUGAACACUCCUUCAAGAAGACAGCAACUACCGGGACCAGGGGUCAGGGUUCCAAAGACAGGAAUAAACGGCAGGCUAUUAUGAAAGGUACACAGACUGAGUCACCAAAACAGAAGAUUAUGCACAAACUUGGGGUAAAUAAGAAUUACAGGUUCAAACGUGGAACUGAGAAAGAAACAUUCGACUAUUAUGACUAUGUAGACGAUAAUUAUGAAGCACAUGCAGCAAAACCAGAAAAUAGAGAUAUGUCACCUGGAAGUGACCAAACAAAAGAAUCUAACGACAACUUUUCUAAUGUUGAAGAUAAUGUUUCUACUGAGAGACAUGCCAAACCAGGACCACAUUUAUUUAAGUCAGAGGAAAAAGGAAAGGACGGGCAGCAAGCCACAGUUUCAGCUGGGAAUGGCAAUACCGAUAGUAACACAGGGACUCCCGAGCAUUAUGAAAGUUUCUUGCCCUAUGCUAUAGGUACUUUAGUUCCCACUGGGUUUCACCAUAAUGAAGCUAAGGGAACAAGAGAAGAAAAUACUCCACUCGUACAACCAUAUGAGUUAUCUGUGCACAAUAAAUCUGAUGAAGGUAAGAUAGAAGAUACAUCUGAUUAUAUUUAUGAGUAUGAAUAUGUUGAUGAAAUUAUUACAACUACAUCUAAUCCAAGGAACAUUAAACAAACUGAAUCUACCUUAAAUGAGAACAAUAAAUAUAUCAGAAAUUAUGCUGAAUCUACUAACCCGGAAUUCAGUCAUGAUCUAAAAAGUUCUAAUCAGUCUGUUACAGUACAGACAAAUGAUUUCAAAAUUAUCGAUUUAAAUCACAGUUUGGAUGACACCUUAACAUUUUCUACAAACAUACCAGGAAAUAUUCCAAAUAAAACUAAAAAUGAUGAAGUGACAACAAAAACAAAAAUUGUGCCGAAAGUAGAUUCUGUUGAUGUCACUUCAGAUGACUAUGAAUAUGAGUAUUACUAUGAUGAAGGUUACACUGAAGCUAACAGCAACAGUAAACAACUGUCUUCAGCUAAUGGGCAUAAGAUAACAGAUUCUGAAAAGCAAAGUGAUUACUGUGCACACUGUUUGGAUACAGAAGAAGUUAAACAUCAAAAGCACAGACCAGCUGUGGCAGCACAAGGAAAUUUAAAUGGUACUCAUGAGAACAGUAAUUUUGGAGUCAGUAUGAAAGUAUUAGAAAAAUUAAAUGUAACGCCACCAGCCCCAUUCCAAGUUAAUGCAAAGAAACAGAUGCAUUUUGGAACUGAUAUUACUGCCCAUGAUACACAGAAGUCAGGUUUCAUUCAAACAGGUAGAAUUUCAGAACUGUUUGAAACAAAUGAAAAUCCUAGCCUUAUGCAAGAAAUGGGCAAAAGGACUACAGAUACAGCAGCAGUUCAGAACCAUAAAAAGUUAUAUGAGAGCAACUAUGAUGAAGAAGGAAGUGAUGAUAUUUAUUUGGCUUCUCAUACAACCCACUUGCCCAAGGAAACAUUUGAUAGUUUGAGAAUGGAAACCACAACUUCACAUAUGGUUCUAGAAGAAGAAACUAGUACAAGCCAUGAACUAAAUUCAUCAACUCAGAAUGUACAAAUAGUUGAUCCAAUUGCAGUCUCUCUAGAAGAAACAACACCGUCUCUUGGAUUACCAGAUUAUCGCACAACUAUUGCAACAACAGCCGAAUCUCAGAAAGAAGGUACUUCUCCUAAUUACAGCACCACUUCAUAUGCAGAUGUAAUCCCAUAUCCGCUAGUCGGGGUGCCUCUGUCAAGAAUUGAGAAUCAGACAUUUACUGAGGCUAUAGUGCUGGACUCUUCUUCACAAACUCCACUGCCAUCACCAGUCCCUAGCUUAUUAAAGCCUCCAAAACUUCAUAAUAUCAUUAUGAAUCACUUUUCAACUCCAAUUCCACCACCAGCCGCGAUCCAGUCAAGCAACACACUUACCUCAAGGAAACCUACACUCAAGAGGAAUCAACACAGGGGUACCACAGACAACAUGGGACAUAAUAUCAGACAAGAUGAAGGAAAAUUAAGGAAAUCACAUAGAUUCACACUUCUGCCUGGUAGGAAUCCUACCACACAUGUGCAACAAAUGCAUAUAGCGGAGAAUACUACUACUACUCUUGCAACAUCCUUCGUUGCUGAUAAUCCAGUCAUUGAUGAUCAAGAAACAAGGCCACAGAACAGAGUUCCUAAUAUACAGUCAUCAGAGACGAUCAGAUCUAAAGAAACAUCAUCAACAGUUCCCCACAAAGGAGACAGUACAUAUGGGAUUCAUCAUGGACUGGAAUCUGAAAUCCUUCUGCCAUUCACCAGAGGCUCAGAAAGUAAUGCCAAGCCUACAGACAAGUUAAUAUCACCGAACAAUGGAGCUUUCUAUUCAUCCCAGGUUUCAACAGAGGCUGUAUCAUCAUCCGAACCGCCUACAAUCCCUGCUAUGGAGAAUUCAGCGCUCACUUUCACACCAGAGUAUGAGAACCAUGAUUUGCCAACAGUAAAUUCUUCGGUUAUAUAUAACGAUGAUAUAAUAUUAAAUCGCUUUAGAGCUGAUAAUUAUUCUAUUGAUUAUGCAAUUAGGAACAAUUUUGAACUAAGUGGACAGAAUUCUACAACUGUACAUGUGUUUCCAGCAAAUGAUCUAACAUUCCCAGUUACAACUCCAUCUAGUUUAUUCAAACACCCUUCAGCUGAAACCACGGAGGUGUUACCAAGCAUGUCUCCUUCCCUUCAUGCAGGAUAUACACUCUCUUCAGUAAAUUCCCAGCCUUCUAUAUCUGUUGACGGUAUGCUUGCCAAUGGUUUUGUAUGCACAGGGAGAGAGCUGCAUCGGUAUCAUGCAGAUACAGAUGACUGCAGGAUAUUUCAUUACUGCUCUGCAGGUUUUCACAGCCGACAAGUUUUGGACUUCAGGUUUAUGUGUGAAAAUGGAACAGCUUUCAAAGCUGACACCCAGAAAUGUGAAAAUGAAUUUCUUGUACCCACAUGUGUGAAUUUGAAGGUAAAAAAUGAGUGAUAACAGUAAUGAAUAGAAAUAAUUAUCCUUCCUUUGAAGUUGGAUGCCACAUGCAUCUCCAUUUGACAGUGUUAAGUACAUAGUAAUUUUAUACUGAACACAAGUACUAGUUCAUUAAAGUAGCAGAUGAAGUGGCUACUCUGUUAUUAUGUUGCUGAUUUAGAACAAAGUACUGGUUAACAUGGCUGAAAAUACUUUUUUCUAAAAUACGCUUUAACUUAUGUGAUAUGAACAUCAAGAAAACAGAAGUCUUAUUCUCUGUAUACACCUGCUUCAGAACCCAUGGAGGCUAUUUUAAACCAUCUUUACUCCUUCACCAACAGUAGUCCCCAAAAAAUGUUUCAUUUGAGCUACACUCAUAGGGACAUAACAAUGCUCAUUUUCAGUUUAGGCACAGGUUUGAUUAAUGUUACAGUUUUUAGAUACACAUAAAAAAAAUUUAAAAUCAUGAACUGUUAACAAAAAUUAUUCUGGAGACAUUUUUAAUAAUGAUAGUGCUGUACAAUACAUUUUGUAAUUAAGCAGUAAUUAUUGUACCAAAAUUGUGGAAGGUUACCCUAUGUAACCAAUCAUUAAAGUAAAACAAUAAAUGAAUAUUUUGUUGAAAAACAUGAACAUUAGACCUAAAUGCCAACAUUAUUGUCUUGGAUAGUAUACCAAUUAAGCACCAGGAAACUAUCACAUCUCCUUAUUUUGGAUGCUUUUUUAAACCUUUUUGCAGUUUCCUUGCUUUUUUUGAGAAUGGUGUCACAUUUAAAAUCGUCAUGCCAAAAUUUAGUCUUGGAUAUUAAAUUUUAGGAAUUCAUUCAGAGUAGACAUAACUUACUUAUUUAUGGAGAUAAUUAUUAACAUCCAUUACUUUCAAAGGGUAGCUAUGUACUGACUUGUAUAAAGGUUUACUUUUAAUCUCUCUUUGCAUGGCAAAUAAAUCCUGAAAAUAUUUAAAACCUGGAUACCACGUUUGUGGGUAGAAUUAUAAGGACUAAUUUCUUUUUGUAUGUUGAAUUAUACUGUCUGAAAGAAGGGCAAGGAAAGGAUUAAAUUGGGGCCUACGGAAUACAGAUCUAAAUAUUAUUUUCUUAUAUGCAGAAAAAUAUAUGGGAGAAUUUUUGUGGUGCACUGAAGUUUUUGAAAUAGCCUUUCUCUUUAAGGUUUCGAUAUGCUUGAUACUUAGAAGUAAUGAAUCUUUCAACAGACCUUUGACAGUGUUUGGGACUGAUCUAGUUAAAAAACUGAAAAAAUAAUAUGUUUGCUCAUUAGAGGAAUGUCGCCUUCGUCCUGAAAACAAGUGCAUUUUAAACAAAUCUAACUUGUAGUUUCUGAUUUAGGUCAGUGGAGAUUCCUCACACUAAGUAAUAAUUAUAGUUGCUGAUGAUGUCAUUCCUAUGAACACAGACAAAAAUUCCUUCAGAGAAGACAUGAACAUGUCAUACGUUAGGGUUCUUUAUGGAUGGAACAUUCAAACACCCAUAAUUUUCCCUGUGAUGAGAGUUUUAUUCUUUAAAUACACUACAAUGAUCAGGAACACUUAUGUUAGUACUGUGCAGAUGAAGUAAUUUUUCAAAGUCUUUCAUGAUCAUUUGUGGCAUGUCACCUUUUUGUUUUACAUCUUGGCAAAACUUUGAAUUAAAUGGAGAUGUUACCAUGCAGCCACACAACCAGUCAGUAGCUCAUUAAGAUAUGCCAAAAACAUUCAAGGAAAAGGAGCCUCACACAUUGUGACAUCCAAAACUGAAGUUCUGACUGCAAAAUAUAAUAACAUUAUAUCACCCCUUUCCUGUUGGUGCAUCAUAAUCCAAGUACUGGCAUUACUUGAGAGUAUGAAGAAUUUUAAUUGUAAUGCAUAAUUCUUAUUUAACAAAUGAUUUAUAUCAUAGUAUUUUGGUGUAACUGUAAAUUCAUGAACAGGUAUUUAAGGGGGAUGUUUAUCAAGGGAGAGUGACAUAAAGUAUUUUAUGAGCUGCUAAUUUAUGGCAUUGAAUAAUUAUAGAAGAAAGUUGGGAAUUAUUAUUAUACUCUCACUGUAUCUCCAGGACACCAUUUGCUUAAAGAAAAUGUAAUUUAUAUACUGCAGCAUUCUCUUGCAUUUCAUUACAUGGGGGGUAUUUAACUGUGGCUUGUAACGUGAAACACCAAUGAUAUUGCUUUCACUUACCAUAACUAACUGAAUGGAGCUGAGCCUUUCUUCAGAAACUGCCAGUUGUACAAUUACUCAAGAAUUUCCCAACAUUUUAUGGAAU